AAGCGCACGAACACGUGGAUGAGGAGCGCUGCGAUGGCCGAGAUAGGACUGUGCGCUUCUCGAACAAACCUGGAGGGGACACGGAGAGCUGGAUCACACGGUUUUCUGCUCCUUCUUCAUUGAGAUACUUUGGAUCAUCGAUGGGCAGCGACAUCAGCAGGAACAGUAAGGUAAGGGGGUCUGAUCGGUCACGGAUAGUCGAGUAUUAUCUUGACCAGAUGUUGUUUCAGCACCGAAUUCGUCGUGUUAUAUAGAUAGUUUUCCGAAAAGUAAGAAUAAAAAAAAACUUAACUUUAGAUUUUCUAACGUAAAUAAUGACCCGAAUGAAAUUAUGAAGUAAAAAAAGUUCAUUUCAGUGAAGAAAAUGUGUUUAUAAACCGUUUUUCAAGAGUUCACUCUACUGUAACAAAGUGCAGCAAUGUCAGAAAUAGAAUUAUUGAUUACUUGGGAUCGAUCAGCUCCAGGGACAUGCCUGGUUUUAUUUUCAGCUUCAGAUAUCAUUAGCGAGAGAAAAUGCACCCCACUCUCACAGCUUAUUUCAUGCUGUAGCCCGGUAGAGUUUUGUUUAAAGAAAUAGUUUUUACAUUGAAAUUAAAAAAAUGUGGCCUACAUGUAUUUUUCACAUAAUUGGAAAUAGUCCUACACAUUUAAGUUGUUGUAAUUUUGAAAUAGCUAAACUAACAGUGGCGGAGUCAGGCCUUCAGGUGACCAGGGUCAAAUACAAAUAGGGGCACCAGCUGCAAGGGGGCCCAAUCCAUUGCAGGUAAACAUGUGGCAAAUGUUGUUUAUAUGUUGUAAACAUGACUUGUAAACAAAUGACUAUAUCAUACAAUGCUUACAAUCCAGAAAAUAGAGACAGAAAAAUAACCACAUGGUAGCAACGACAACAAAGAACAAAAAAAGGUAAGGGCAAUCUAAGAACAAUCUGACAAAAGAUAAGACAGGACAGCACGACUGAACAAAAAAAAAAAAAAAAAACAUUGCAUGUUAUAUGAUCAGGCCCGUGUCUUCUAAGCGACAAAGUGUCACACCAGACUUAAACUAAGAGGCCACCUUGUGAAGUUUUCUCUACUUGAAGAGCCUGAUAACAAGGUGUUGUUUCUGUUCACAAUCCAGAGGGUCGGACCAGCUCCCCAGCGUCGACACAGUCUUGGGUUCCUCUCAAACAGAGUCGUCUCCAUCACCCACAGACUCGGACACUCGGCUGUUCUUUCCCAACCUGCUCUUGGACCAGAUGGAAGACCAGCUGCCUCAAAAGUCCAGCUGCCCUCUGAGGAAAACUCGGAAACGUCAGCCACCAUGACAAAUCCUUCAGCCCAGGUUUCGGACUUCCUGCCAGAGUUCCCACAGCGCAGAUUACCUGGACCGGACCAUUUUCAGGUACUCCAGAAAAACCCAUGGAACUUUUAGACUGCGUUUUGAGAAGGCAAAGCUAUAUGACUACUGGAUCUUGGUACUUUUUAUAUUGGUACUUUUGUACUUACAGGUCCUGGGCUUCAUAGCUAAAGGAUCUUAUGGACCCAUCUUGAAAGUAAAGGACUCAUUGAAGGAGAAGAUCUAUGCUGUUAAGGUUAAUUUAAUGACUCAGUAAAAUUAUCACUGCAUUGUGACAGAAAACUGAGAAUAUUAUAUCAAACUUUUAAAUGUUACACAGGUUCUACCGAAGUCAGAGAUCAGGAAGCAAGGAGUUCUGGAGCAAACCAAAGAAGAAGUCAUCAUUCAGGUACCAUACUGAAAUCAGCCGUAGGAAAAUAUCGUCAGGUAGAAGUUUUCAAAGUCUUGCUUUCACUGGUGAUUGCAGUUUUGAGAGCCAGACCACGAACUAUGGGUGAUUUUCUUAUAAAGAGAUGAAGGUCAGAAGUUUUGCACCAUGAAGGGCAUUGUUGACUGGCUUGACACUGCAGCUGAGGGUCCGCCUCUACUCAUUAAUUAAUUAAUUUUGGUUUAAGAAACACUGUGACAUCUUACAGAAUACCUCUUAGUAUUUAGGGAAACUCUUAUCUGCAGUUUUCUUUGUGUAGACUGAAAACUAACCGAACACAUCUGAACAUUUAGAUCUUGAUAUAAACAUGAGUCAUUUCAUAAGGUAUCACUAGUUGAUACAGUCCCCUGUUAACCUCUCACUGCUCACUCUCACAUUGUGUGUUUAUGUGUGUAUUUGUGUGUUGACUUGCAGCGGCAGCUCAAACACCCAUUCAUCCUCACUCUGCAGGACUGCUGGCAGACAAAGCACCAUCUCUUCAUUAGUGAGUUAAUAUUAAAAAUAGCUGUAAGUUUAAUAUAUAAUCUGACCCUCUGCUGUCCUCCCCAUCGGAGGAAUUUUUCCUUUAUCAUCCCAAAGUCGACUGUAGCAUCCUCACAAACCUCAGCUUAGGAACUUUAAGAGGUACACUGCCAUCUAAUGAGAGUGUUGGGUAAAUCUCAGUUUACAGAAGCUUGUGUAUUUUCAGUUUAUGUCAUUCUUCUGCUGUAUGUACAGGAUCUGUUUGUGUCUUUUCCAUGCCCUAGUCUCGACAUUCAUGACCCAUGUUAUCUGAAUCAAUGCUGCUGAGGACACACAGAGUAUCCAUGUUUCUCACCCUCUGCAGUGUGUGACUUCUGCGACUCUGGAGACUUGUACACUUACUGGUUACUGAAGGGAAAGUUUGGAGAAGAGGAGGUUUGUCUCUUUGCUGCAGAGCUGGGCAGUGCGCUGGGUAAGUUUGGGGACAGAUAGAGCUGAAUCUUAAAGACAAAAGUCAUCAUAUGGAGCUCUAGGAACAGAUAUAAAGAGUUGUCUGGUUUUAAUGUUGCUGAUUUUCACUGUUCAUCUUUGUUUUUUUGUUUUUCAGGAUUCCUCCAUGACUUAGGGAUCAUACAUAGAGAUGUAAAGGUAUUGUAUUUUAGAUGUGUUAUCAUCAUGUAAUAAUAAAAAAUCUAUUUGCUUUGACUUUUUAAAAAAUUAAAUCUUUUUCAGAUGGAGAACAUUCUUCUAAGUGAUCAAGGUAUUGUUAAACAUAAAUCUAAGUUUAUUUUUUAUUUACGUCUCACAGUACAGCUGUGAAGGAGUUAUAGAAGACAUGAAAAAGGAAAACUUAAAAAUUAACAGAAGUUCGAAGCCAAACUGAAGGAGGAAAGUUAAGUGAGAAAAUAAUUUGUAACAUUCAAUCAGUGUCAGUGUUUGUUUCGAUCCAGGCCAUCUCCGUCUGUCUGAUUUUGGACUCUCCCGGCGGCUAAAACGAGGAGGACGCACAUUCACGAUAUGUGGGACGAUCCAGUACAUGGGUGAGAUUUUUGGUUUCGCUCUCUCUGGAAUAUAAAAAUGAUCUCUCCUGAGGAAAGUUCGGCUGAUGUUGACUGUACCACAGAAACAUUAGGGACUCUCAUGUGGUUCACUCCCAUUGGAUUAAGUUAACCCAGUUCUGAGUGGGAUGCACCGGACAUGUUAUUUAACAUUUUACCAGAUUGCUGCUCCGGUCUGAGUGUUAAAAUGACUUUUUCUUAUCAUGUCUAAACAGCUCCUGAAGUUUUAAGUGGGGGUCCAUACAACCACGCUGCUGACUGGUGGUCUCUCGGGGUUUUGUUGUUUUCACUCAUGACGGGAGAAGUAAGAGCAGAGGAACUUGACUUUUGCGCAACUCCACAAUUAAAAGCUUUUGCGUGUGUGUUGCUGUGACCAUUGUUGGAUAUUGUGCGUUUUUCUUUUUGCAGUUUCCAGUUCCUGCAGAGCCCGACCAUAGCAGGAUGUUGAAUAAAGUCAAAGAUUAUCCUUACCUCAUACCCGAGACCUUGAGCUCUGCUCUGAUCUUACUGCUCACUGAGGUCUGUGAAUGCUUUGUCUUACAGCCCCUUUUUCUCCUGAUGAAAAGGACAAUAUUUUACUCUGUUUAUCUCUUUUUCAUUUCUGUUGCAGCUUUUGUGCAAGAAUCCAGCAAACCGUCUUCGCAACCUCGAGAGUUUUGAGAUGCAGGCCUUUUUCAGAGGCACCUCAUUCGACCCCCUUAUCCUUCAAAAAACUCCUGUUGAAUCCAUCCUCAAGCUCAGGACUCAUCCAGAUUGGGCGGCCAAAGCAAUGAGAGGCCUUUCAUUGGACUACUUAGAUCAUUUUGACUGUGAUAAGAUCCUACACUCUCCCACAGCUUCCACUGAACAGUCUCCCAGUCUGGCCAACAUGGACUUGAGCCCAGGCUCAGAGCAGACAUGUGAGGCAUAACUCUAGACUCUGUUUUUGAACCAGACAAAGAAGCUGACAAAAGCAUCAAAAGUUGCCAAAGGAUGAAAAUGUCUUUGUGACAUGCAUCACCUCCUGGAAUCAGUUUGAUAUUCGAACAAUGAAAGAUCAGACAAUCUGUGUACAAAGGACCUGAACAUAGAUUUUCAACACAGUUCAAAUUUUUUAAUCAAUUUUCAGGGUAUUAUUUUCAGCAAACUUCUCCAAGAGGCUUCAUCCUGUCAUCUCCUAAUUUGGUCAGUGCUUUGUUGACUCCUUGAAGGAAAGAAACUACCAAAAACAUUUGUGAACAGUGAGGGGCUUGGCGGUGGCUGGAGUCAAAGUUGGACAUUGCUUGGCUCAUUGUCAAAUAAUUAUACCUCCAAUUCUUUCACAUCAUAUUUGAUUUUUUUCACGUUUUUAAUGUUUGUUUUUUGUCCUUUAGAGCUGUUUGACUCUUAUGAUGUUAUAAUGUAAAGACUGAUGUUUCGAUGAGAGGCUUUUCCCUGUUAGGAGGUCAUUUGGAUGUUUUGCCACAAGACAGGAAGUUGCUUUUACCUAUUUGUGUGACAUUGGACAUGUAUGAUCAGGGUUUACUCCUUUACACAUCUAUCUGGUAUUGGUUCAGUGCCUCUCUAUGUAAAGAGGCUAAACUGACUCUUACUUACAUUGUUAAAUCUAUGCCAAAUUCAAAGCCUGUUUGUAUUUACAUUUUUGGUCAUAGUCAUGGCGGUACUUAUUGGUCCAAGCCAAUGUUCCCUCUAAUGUAUGUUUAUGACUUUACCUUGAAAUCUUCUUUACCUCUGCUGAGUUAUAAACAGCAGAAUUAAAAUAAACAUUCUCAAGAAAUAAAA